GUUGGCUAAAACGAGGAUAAAUAUAUAUAUCAAGUGGCGAGUUUCUCGAUCAUUCUUUGUGACCGUCCCUCCAAUAUAUAUGUAUUAUACAACACAAAGCACGAUACCCAAAAUCACAAACUCUGCUUCUUUUCUCUUCUAUACUCUUCUUCUCUUCUUCCACGUUUCCGUAUCCACUGUAUCUGCAUAUCUAUAUUCAUUUCCAUCUAUUCUCUUGUUUCUUGCAAUAAAUUCGUCGACUUGACCAUUAACAUAUUAAAAUCAGACAAAGCUCUCUGCUUUUUUUGUUUUCUUCUCUGUAACUCGUUCUCAUACCAGCAAUGGAGAAGGAAGACUUGUACGCUGUUAUGGAUUUGAACAACGAAUGUACGCAAGGAGAUGUCAGACUUGCUUACAAGAACCUUGUUCUGAAAUGGCAUCCAGAUCGGUUUCGUGAAGAAAUUGAGAAAGACAAAGCCAAUAUGAAAUUCCAAUCCAUUCAACGAGCCUAUUCUGUUUUGUCGGAUUCUAACAAGAGGCUGUUGUAUGACGUUGGAGCGUAUGAUAGUGAUGACGACGAAACUGGAAUGGCUGAUUUCAUAAAUGAGAUGGUGACACUAAUGGCUCAAACUCAAUCCACGGGGGACGAAACUUUAGAAGAAUUUGAAAAGUUAUUUCAAGAAUUGUUGAAGGAUGAUGUGAAGCAAUUCAAAACUCAUUCAUAUUCAUCUUCAUGUGCGCCAUAUAAUGGCAAUUCUACUUCGGUUCAUAGAGAUGACUUAUCAAAUGAUAUUCCGAAGAAAAGUAACGCUUACAUAUGACAACUACUGCUGUUUAAGUUCUAGUGAGGUAGGUGGUCCAUCGACGAGUUUUCCUGGUUGGCAAUAGAAGAUCUAAGAAGUAGAGCAUACAAGUUUACAUUCAAUUUUUUCUUGAAACUUCUUCAUAUAAUAACUUUAUUUAUUUUCGUCGUUGUGGUACUAAAAUAUGGCAUGUAAAUUUUUGUAUACAACAAUGUGUUCAAACUUUUAGGUCGUUCGAAAUCUCAAUUUUGAGUUUUUUUGUUAAAGAAAAUACAACUCAAUUUUGAGUUAUACCGAUGUUUUGAUAGAGAGAUCAAUGGUGGACUAGUUGUUGAACGAUUCAAUUUGGGAUUAGAGACCACAAGUCUAAGUUUAUCUAUAUACUAUUUUAUCGAUUGAUCAAUACUGAUGAUUUAAAUCAAA